AUGGGUCACAUCUCUGGCGGCUCAUGUCAAGAUGUUGAUGUAGUCACCUACUUUUUAGAAGUGUACACCAUUUGCCGGAUCGUCAAUCACACAUCAUCCAGCUUACCCCCCUUAGACAUCCCGGCUGCGCUACCGAUAGCAGUUGUGCACCCGCAAUCGACUAUCGAUCUUGCCGACAACCCUAUAAUACAAGCCAUCGAGCUAGGCUGCACCGUUUUCAUAGUGGAUGAAGGCUCUGCAUUUCACUUCCUAGACAAUUACAUACCGAUCCUCGAUGAAACUUUGUUCCGGAGACCCGAAAAGUCGGUCUUAGUGGCAGUUCAAUCUACUGGCUUACGGCAAUCUGAAUUCUUGGAAGCUGUCCAAGGCCAUCCCGCACUGCUGGAAAUUGCCAAUUUGCUUCUGGUGGUCCCGAAUGGUGCCGAUUACGAACUGAUCACUCAUCGCUAUGUUGGAAAUGUUCCCGAAUCCUUGAAGUGGAUGCUUUUGGAUACGUAUGAUCACGGUACAGAGUCGUUCAAGCAAAGGGCUAAUCUUUUCCCAGAUAAAAUGAGUGACUUGAUGGGGAGAACAAUGAAGGUGGCUACCUUCUUUUUGCUGCCAUGGUCUAUGAUGCGUCCAACUGAUGAAGGGAUCGUAAAAUAUAUGAAUCAGAAGUACACAAUCGAUGGACUGGAUGGGUAUAUAUUAGUCCAAUUUUGUCUCUGGUAUAACUGCACAUGGGAGCUGUAUUGGGACCAGGAAAAUCAAUACGGACAAGUUUUUGCAAACCGCACUGGUAAUGGAAUGAUUGGUGCUUUAGUGGAAAGAAAGGUCGAUUUCGCAAUCGGAGCUGUCGGGGGUUGGUAUCAGCUUUUCCAGUAUUUCAGCUUCUCCAAUCCGGUUCAAUGGAUCGGAAUCACAUGUCUCGCUCCAAGACCAGGAUUUAUCGAAUACUGGCGAAUCGUUUACAUGAUCUUUGCAGGAAGCGUGUGGGCAAUAUUGAUUUCCACCCUCAUUUUGAUUUCCCUUCUUCAAUAUUUAACUCCACCUCCGGACAUACCCGCAUCACACUCGCAACGCAGUUUUUCGUGGAUAUUGAUGAACUUAUUAUGUGCUUUUCUCUUACUACCGUCUGAGCUUAGACGAUAUCGUGUAUCCGACGUGAUUCUUUCUACAGCACUUUCCAUUUUUACCCUAACGGUCGCCUACGUUUACAUCGGUGAGAUUCACAGUAUUUUGGCCAUCCCAGUGUACGAACCUCCCAUUGACACCAUAUAUGAUCUGGCAGUUAGUGGAAUUCCGUGGAAUGCACCACAUGAAGCAUGGAUGUACGCUCUGGUGGGAACGGAGAAUCCUAACGUCCAGAAAGUCCUGACGACUUUCCACGUACCGCCCAUUGAAAGGAUUCCGUUGAUUGCGAAUCAAGGUAAGGAGGCUAUCAUCAUGGCACUGCUCAAUUAUGGACAUUCGAUGGUUGGGACCUGGUUCAACAAGAAAAACAUCGAAAACUAUCGACUCAUGACAGAGCUGUUAUACUUUGAGUAUGAUACCGGUUACGCAACCAAAACCUGGCCCCUGUUGGAUCGGUUCGACCGGCUGGCCAUGUGGAUUCGUGACGCUUGCCUGUUUCAAUAUGUCGAGUUGGUGGAUGUUUACCGAUACAUGGACUACUGGGUGCAGACUUCGAUUGCGCAUUCCAAGGAUAGGCCGCAAAAUCUACUAAGGAUUAUGAAUGUAGAUGAGAUUUCCGGCGGCCUUUUGAUCCUUGGCAUUGGAUACUCGGUUGCAAUUGCUGUGCUUGUGUUAGAGUUCGGAAUAACGUGUUUUCGAAAAACGGUUGUUUAUGGAUGGAUUUGUUCGAACUGGAAAUUCAUGACAAAAAAGUUAGUCAAUGUAAGUUGUUUCAAAUAA